AUGGCUUCCAAAACACAAGCUUCGUCUAUCACCCUCCUUUUGCCCUUGUUGCUGUUGUCUCAGUACUUCAGCACAUCCCAUGGCUCUACCUAUCACUAUGUCACCUACUGGGGCCAAAAUUUUACCGAAGGAGAAGGAGAGUUGGAUGCAGCAUGCGACACAAACAGGUACGAGAUAAUUAACAUAGGAUUCCUCGAUGUCUUCGGAAACCAUCAAGCUCCAGAAAUAAACCUGCCAGGACAUUGUGAAGAGUACUCCGAGGAUAACCCUUGCUCCAAAUAUGCCUCCCAGAUAGCCCAUUGCCAAUCCCUAGGCAUCAAAAUCUUCCUCUCUCUCGGAGGGCCCUCCGGGAGCUAUACACUUUCUUCAAUUGCAGACGCCCAAGAACUUUCAGACUACCUCUGGACCAACUUCCUCAGCGGCGAACCCGGUUCGGAAGGUCCACUGGGAGAUGUGACCUUAGACGGCAUUGAUUUUGCCAUCGAAAGUGGCGGGAACGUGUAUUACGAUACUCUUGUGGAAUUCCUCAACCCACACCGCACUAGUGAAGGUGCUCGGUAUUUCUACCUAUCAGCAGCACCUCAUUGUGAAUUCCCAGAUGACUACUUAAACAUGGCCAUCCACACUUGGAUGUUCGACUACAUCUGGAUUAGGUUCUAUAACAAGGCUUCCUGCGAAUAUUCUGAUGGAGAUGCUCAUAAUCUUUUAGAAGCAUGGGACGUCUGGAUCACCCAAACCGUUGACAAAAGUCAUGCCUUCUUUGUCGGCCUCCCCGCGUGUGAGGGAGAAGAAGGAUAUAUCCCAAUUGCUGAUCUCAAAAGGAAGGUCAUUCCAAAAGUUAAAUCGAGUGCCUUUUUCGGGGGGUUCAUGUUGUGGGAGGAUCUUGUCUGCAAGUAUAGCGACAAGCUCGAGGCUCAUGAUCACCUUAAGGCUCCAAUUGCAAUAGAGAACCUGAAACAAUCUGCCUAG